CACCUUGUGAGCUGCUUCUGAUGGUGGCCACUUCUGCUUCUCCUCUGGGCAGGGACCUGCUUUGAGGAAGUCACCGUCCUGCCGGCAGCACUCAGUCUGGGAGGGGGCGGCAGUCGUCUAUAUGGUUGUGCUGGACGCUGCAGCGGCGGACAUGGCGGCUCCUCUGCGCUGGUUCCUCCUGGGUCUGGUCCUGUCCUCGACCGGCGCCUCUUUCCUGGACACCGAGCAACCAGUCAUCUUCCAGAACCGCGACCGCAGCUUUGGACACCAGGUCGCACAGCUGGAAGAAAGGGUGAUCGUCAGCGCCCCCCGCUAUGCAGAGGUGACAGAUAAAACCGGCCAGAUAUACAGCUGCAGUCCCCGCACCUCCAGCUGCACGCCGAUCCCCGUCACCGUUGCAGAGUCUGAUGAUGAUAUCAACAUUUCACUUGGAUUCUCACUGGUGGCUUCAGAAGAUCAUGGUCAGUUACUAGCGUGUGGACCAACCUUACAGAGAAUAUGUGGACAGAACAUCUAUGUCAAUGGACGCUGCUACCAGCUAGACCGGAACCUGAGCGUACGGGGAAGUCUAUCCGAACCUCCCCCAGAGUGCGGACUGAUUGUUUUCGUCAUUGAUGGUUCUGGAAGUGUCGGAGAAAACAACUUUAAAAUAUUGAUGGAUUUUGUCAAACAAAUGAUUUCAUCCUUCAGCAAGACAGAAACAAAGUUUGCUCUCUUACAAUACUCUGCACAGGUUACUGUUGAAUUUACCUUCAGAAAAUUUUCCAAUAGUUCAGACCUAAAUGCUGUAAGCGACAUCAAAUAUCAGUUUGGAGCGAACACGAGAACCGCAACUGCCAUCCGUAGAGCCGUGCGGGAUGUUUUCAUCCCUCUUUCACAGAAGGACUCCAUGAAGCUUCUCAUUGUCAUCACAGAUGGACAAUCAAAUGGCGAAAGAAUUACCAUUGCUGAUGCUGCAUCGGAGGCAGAGAAACAAGGCAUUCAGCGCAUCUCUAUUGGGGUGGGAAACGCCUUCUCUGUUCCAACUGCAUAUGAAGAGUUGCGUGCAAUUGCCUCCUCCCCUGACAACAUCUUUAAAGUCAAUGACUUUUCUGCCCUGAAUGAAAUUCAGAAGCUCCUGCAGCAGAAGAUCUUCGCUAUUGAAGGCACUCAGUCUCUUACUGGACAAUCAUUUGAAAUGGAAUUUUCCCAGGAGGGGUUCAGUGCAGCUCUAAGUCCGGAUGGCGUGCUCCUUGGAGCAGUGGGGGCCUUUGGCUGGACUGGUGGAGCUUAUCAUUACAGAACAGGGCAGGAGAAGGCCACUUGGAUCAAUAUCACCAAGUUUGAGUCUGACCUGAAAGACUCCUACAUGGGUUACUCUGUGCUUCAAAUGCAACCCAACAUCGUCGCCAUGGGGGCCCCAAGAUACCAACAUACAGGAAGGGUCUUUGUCUUUAACUGGGACUCACAACGCUCACAGUGGAAUACAGUAGCCAGUGCCCUCGGUGAACAGAUUGGAUCAUACUUUGGGUCAGCCUUGGGUGUGGUCAAGAUAACAACAUCUACAUUUGUCUUGGUGGUGGGAGCCCCAACAUACUACUCCCCACUAGGUCCAGGCGGACGGGUCUAUCUGUGCCCCAUCUCUUCCCAGGAGAUGAACCCUCGGACAGCACGUACCACCUUCACCUGCCCAGAGAUUCUUCAGGGAGAGAGCAGUCAACCUAUGGGCCAUUUUGGCUCUGCCCUCGCCAUUCUCCCAGACCUGACUGCAGAUGAGCUCCCUGACCUAGCUGUUGGGGCCCCCUUUGAAGACAAUGGUCAAGGAGCUCUGUAUAUCUUCCCAGGAAAAGAUGGUGGCUUCAGGACUUCUUACAUACAGCGUGUGGCCGGACGUCUACUGACGGGUGGAAUUCAGUUCUUUGGAAGGUCGUUGGCUAGUAGCUUAGACUUGACGAAUGAUGGACUGCCAGAUGUGACGGCGGGGGGUGAAGGUGUCGCGGUCAUACUGAGAUCUCGGCCAGUGCUCCAGGUCUCAGUGGUCAUGAGCUUCAGCCGCCGCGAGUUUCCACUUUCCUCAUAUGAAUGUCCAGAUAAAAUACCGCAGACUACAGAAAUUCGUGUGUGUUUCAACAAGAAAGUGAAGAGCCGUGGAGUGACAGGUGCAACCUCAGCUUCAGUGCACUACACCCUUGUGCUGGAUGCGGGGCGUACACUGAGUCGUGCUGUCUUCUCUGGAACCCCACAAAAUAACACCCGUGUGAUAUCCUCAUCUCAGGAGCUCAUCAGAAGUGAAGAAUGCGUCAGUUACAGGAUCACUCUUCCCAAUUGUGUGGAGGACUCUCUAACGCCUCUCCGUGUCAGUCUCAACUUCUCUUUGAGUGGGAUUCCUAUUCUUAGCGAGGACUCACGAACCAACCAGUCAGGAGAGAUUCUGUUCGAGAAGAACUGUGGUGCUGACGGGGUGUGUGAGGACGACCUGAGGAUAAACCUCUCCUUCAGUGGUCUCCAACAGCUGGUGGUUGGUUUGUCUCUCGAGGUUAAUCUAACAGUAUCAGUGACAAAUAGUGGGGACGAGUCGUACAAUUCCCGUGUCCUCAUUCCCUUCCCCCCAGACCUGUCCUAUCGCCGGGUGUCUCUUUUACAGAGCAACAAGCAGAUCACCGUCACAUGUGCAAGUGAGGAGGACCAGAGAGUGGUGACCUGCGGAGUGAACAGACCUCUGCUCAGACCCAACACUACGGCCAUCUUCUUGGUCAGUUUUCAUGUCGCACAGAAAGCAGAUCUUGGAGACUCGUUAAAUAUGACUGCCAAUGUCACCAGUGACAAUGGGAGAGUUCCCAAUGAACUAAUGAGGUCCUCAUCUGCCAUCAAAGUGCUGUACUCCAUCUAUGUAACCAUCACCAGCCUUGAAGAAUCUACCAAAUAUGAAAACUAUACGUCCCCGGAGCCCAGCAUUAAACAUGUUUACAGGGUGACAAAUCAAGGAUUACACCAGCUGUCUCUCUCGGUCACCUUUCUGAUUCCUGUCCGUUUGGGGGAAAGUAUCAUCUGGGAGACACCAAACAUCAACAGCUCAGAGCCUCAGCUCACCACGUGUAGAACAGUAAGUGAGACUGGAGGAGAACAGAACCACCGGGAGCUCCUGAAAGAGAGUCCAGUUCUGAACUGCUCAGUCGGGACAUGUCUCCGCACUGACUGUAGCAUCAGCAAUUUGAAGGAUAAGGAAUCGGUGACCUUCACCAUCAGUGGACCAGUGAGAAGACACUGGGAGACGCAGACUGAUCAGGAGAAAGUGCUGCUCCAGAGCUCAGCGGAAAUUCACUAUGAUACUCGGGUGUAUUUCAUGGAGCAGAACUUCACCAAAGCACAGGCUCAGACAGUGUUGGAGGUAAACGUUGAGUACAAUUACCUUCCUGUAAUCAUCGGGAGCAGUUUCGGGGGCCUGGCCCUCUUGGCCCUGAUCACUGCCGGCCUCUACAAGCUUGGAUUCUUUAAGCGUCAAUACAAGGAUAUGCUGGAUAACACAGCGGGUGACAGUGCGGGAGAUGCCACCGCUACAGAUCCCCCAACCAAUGGAGGUCCAGAAUGAGGAGGACGGGACUCCAAAUAAUCUGUCCUCUGCUCUGUGUAAGAUACAGAGCCUCUCCAUAUCAGCCCUCCACAUUAUCUACCCUGCAGAUAUUCUAGUCCAUUCUAUAUAUGAUGGUCAUAUACAUUAUAUACUCAUUCAGUCAACAGUUGUUUCUUCUGAUGUCCCUCAGCCCACCAAACACAUAUUCAGCCAAGUGUAUAUGUGUUCUGAAUGGAAAGGAGGCCACAGCCAGACCCCUCCAGACACCUCUGUCCACUUCCAGACUCUGCUGUCCUCCUCCAGGCUCCUCUAUCCUCCUCCAGGCUAAUUCUCUGUCCCCUCCUCCAGGCUCCUCUUCUGUCUCCUCCUUCAGGCUUCUCCUCUGUCCUCCUCCAGGCUACUCCUGUCUCCUCCUCCAGACACCUCUGUCCACUUCCAGACUCUGCUGUCCUCCUCCAGGCUCAUCUAUCUUCCUCCAGGCUACUCCUCUGUCUCCUCCUCCAGGCUCCUCUUCUGUCUCCUCCUUCAGGCUCCUCCUCUGUCCUCCUCCAGGCUACUCCUGUCUCCUCCUCCAGACACCUCUGUCCACUUCCAGACUCUGCUGUCCUCCUCCAGGCUCCUCUAUCUUCCUCCAGGCUACUCCUCUGCCCCCUCCUCCAGGCUCCUCCUCUGUCC